AUGACCGGCAGAGGAAAAGGCGGUAAAGCUAAAGCGAAGGCAAAAAGCCGAUCUUCUCGAGCUGGCCUUCAGUUUCCAGUAGGAAGAAUUCAUCGUCUUCUACGGAAAGGAAACUACGCUGAAAGAGUUGGUGCUGGUGCUCCAGUUUAUCUUGCAGCAGUACUUGAAUAUUUAGCUGCUGAAGUGUUGGAGCUGGCUGGAAAUGCUGCAAGAGACAACAAAAAGACAAGAAUUAUUCCCCGACAUUUGCAACUUGCUAUUAGAAACGAUGAGGAACUAAACAAGCUUUUGUCAGGAGUUACCAUUGCCCAAGGUGGUGUUUUGCCCAAUAUCCAAGCUGUCCUGUUACCCAAGAAGUCCUCUUCAUCAGGAGCUGCACCUGCGUCUGGAAAGACAAAGAAAUCCUCGCAAUCUCAAGAAUUUUAAUUUUAUAGUCGUGACAUAGAUUAUUCCAUAACGGCCCUUUUCAGGGCCACCCAACUGUUCAAGGAAUUGUGUAUUCAGACUUUAUAACCAUCUGUUAUGAUCUGUCUCUAGUCUACUUGCUUAUACUUAUACUUCUAUUUCUGGCGUACAUUUUUCAAUUCCA